UCUUCUAAAUCCAACAACACUGAAACAGAAGAAGAAACCAAUGGGCAAUAUCUUUUCCUCUUUGUUAUCAAAAAAAAAAAAAAAAAUAGCACCACCAAUGGAACCUUCUAAAUCCAACAACACUGAAACAGAAGAAGAAACCAUAUCCUUCAACAGAAAAAGAGCACGCCGCGUUAGCUUCGCCGACAAUGAAAUCACCUCCGUCCACAUCUUCCGCCGCCGUAACUCUACUGACGGUGAGGGUGAAGCGGUUGAUCAUAGAAACUCCUUUCUGCAACCAAUUGGUUCUCCUUCUCCUGGUGGAAGCAGUAUCAACGCUGAUGACGACACUGAUGAUGACGAAUUUGGUGGUCCUGUGUCGAUGGAUUUCAUCAAACCGGGACGGUUAUCGGAUUCUGGUGUCUCCGACGACAUCACGAUGGACUCAACUCCUUUUUCGAUGCAUUACCGGAGUCUAGCACGUUCAGAUUCAGGGGAUCUGAAGACGCCGACUAGGUUUGAAGCGACGGUGAGCACACCUGGUCUAAGCAGUGCUACUCCGGGGAGUUUCAUGGAACUCACUGAUCGUGAAAAGAGAGUGCCUCAGUCACCGGUGGUGGUGAGUGCCAGCGGGGACUCAGAUGCCAUGAGCAUUGAAGGGGAACAGCCAAAAACCUAUGAUUAUGGAAGACUCUCUCCUGGGUUGGUUGCAAUUUUGGCACAGGGAAGCAAGGAUUUGGAUGGUGUUUCCCCAAUAGGUUCAAAAGCUACGCAUUCACCAAUUGCAGUUGCUUUUGGGUCUUCGACCAAGAAUACUAAGGAGUUUGUUAAUGACGAAACUCUGUUAGCUUGUAAACAAUUGAACUCUGCUAAGGCUAAUAGAGCAACCCCACCAAAUAUGGAUGAAGGCGAUAAGUUAGCCACACAUUCACCAAUUGCAAAUCAUAUGGAAGUUUUACCCAACACGGAAUCCUUAGUUAACUCUCCUGUUCAUCAAAUCACCCAUGAUACUACAGUUGCUUCUGCUUUGGAGUCUUCAACCAAGAGUGCAUUGAAGGGAAAACCGGCUAGGAGUCCUCCUAAUAGAUUUCUAGAUCUUAGCAGUCCUAUCCAAGAAGCAACAACUGCGUUACCCUCCCUGCAAGAGCCUCCUAGUGACAUCCAAGACUUGUCUCCCUGGAUUAAUUCUGAUGGGCAUGGUGUUGAUCUUGAUAACAACCACCAUUUGACAUUCCAAGUAGCUCAGAGCCCUCUCAAAACUGGUAUUGAGGUUUCUUCCGGGGAGAAAAGGAAUGAUGUUGAUCUUGAUAACAACUGCCAUCCGGCACUCCAAGUAUCUCACAGCCCUUUUACCAAAACCGGUAUCGAGGUUUCUUCUGGGAAGAAAAGGAAAGGUGUCGAAUUAUUAAGUGAUAUUCGAGCCUUGUGUCACAGGAUUAAUUCUGAUGGCCAUGGGGUUGAUCUUGAUAACAACUGCCACCCGACACUCCAAGUAGCUCAGAGCCCUCUUACCAAAACUGGUAUCGAGGUUUCUUCUGGGAAGAAAAGGAAAGGUGUCCAGUUAUUAAGUAAUGGAGAUGAUAUAGAGAAGACAGGGAGGAUUGACAGAAAUCAAGAGGUUCAUAAAAGUGGGGAUGGAGAUCUACAGUUUGUUUUGGAGCAAACAAGUAUGAGAAGUGAAAGAGAAAAGUUUGGCGAUCAGAAGUGGAAUGAUUUCGAUCAUGUUCUAGAAAGAUUCUCAACCAGCACAAAACAAUUGCUUUCUCCGUCAUUUGACAAGCUAAAUUUCAGAUUGAUCGGCACACUGGAAGAUAUUUUGGUUCGUCUGCAGAAAGUUAAGAAAUGGGAUAUUCUUUCUUCUGAAAUUCAUUCUCAGAAGAAAUUAACGGAUCCUCUAGAUAUUCCUAGACACAAAAGAGUUGUGGAAAUGAAAUUGUUGCUUUUUAAUAUAGCAUAUGAGAAGGCUAAGCUACAAUUAAUGAAUGUUAAGCGUGAGAGAUUACUGGAAAAAGUACAACAGCUGAGUUCUGGGCUUCAAGAGACUCAGAUGAUGAAAAAUUCCAUGCCAUGUUCUGCUAAGACUAGACUGGUUGACAUUCAAGCUGAUGAUAGUCAUAUCAAUACAAAAAAAUUUAAUUCACAAGGAAAAUGUCAGGUUUCUUGCAAAAAUGUGAUGGAAACGAGGCAAGAGCUUGAAAAUUUGGAUCAGAAAGCAAAAUCUUUAAGUGAAUUCUUUUAUAGUUACUGCAAGAUGAAAGGGGAUCAAAGCUAUACCAACGUCGUAAGAUCUGUUCGUGAUUAUUUGGAAAAGAGAAUAUCUUACAAGUUGGUAUUCCAGAAUUUGAAGUUGUGGGAUGUUGAAGAUUUUGAGCGUAAGGAUGAUUAUCACAUGAUUAUUCUCAACUAUCGCGGAUAUAUCAUCCAAAGGUUCACAGUAAAUGCUGGUCUAUCAAGCAUUAUAGUAUCAAAUAGCUUGAAUGAUGUGAAUAUUGGAAAGGUAAUUUGGUUGACAAUUUAUCCGUUUUUAUUAUUAUAUUAUAUAUUCAACAUUCAUACCUUGCAGUUUUCUAAUAUGAUACAUUUAGUUUUUCAGACCUAUCCAAAUGUGGAGGCUUUCUCUGCAUUUGUGUUUGCCUUAAAUCCACAUACCACCAGCAAGUGCACGGGUCGAAUCAGUAUGGCACAAGAAACACAGAUAACAGGUUCACUUCUAAGUAAUUUGCUAGAUGUGGUUGAGGAGGUUCAGUUAGCUAGGGUAGAAAUUAGAAAUUUGGUCCAGGCUAAGUUCAAUUCUCAUUCAGUUAAUCAACUUGAUUUGCAGCUAUCUUUCAUCGACUUCUGUGGUGGGAAGAAGGUGCAAGUGAUUCUCGAUAUGACAUGCUUAAAAUGUGGGGCAUAUCCUGCCGAGGUUCUUCCGUCUCAAAUAUAUGGUCUUGCUGCUAAUGGGGAACAAAAGGCUCUUCCUUCAUCGCUUGUAGAUGAAAUAAGAAGUGCAGCAGAGAGUGUGAGUGUGGGGUAUUCAAGAAUUGUUAGGCUUUGUAGGUGCAUUUCCCAGGCAGUUCAGGGUUGCACUCAAGGAAGGUGAUCUUGUCUAAUUGCCUUCAUUCACUGUCAAUUUUGGGUUGAUUGUUCAUUAGAGCUUUCUCUUGUAUAUUUUCACAUCCCGCCGUUGCUAUAAAUGGACGAGUAAUUCUCAUGAAGCACGAAAUCAUUCACUAAUUAGUGUUGUCAUAAAGGAAAUCAGUUUUUCAAGAUCUGAAGUUCUUUGUGAUUUUUUGCAUGCUUUUCAAUCUAUAAGUUUCUUGUUCAAGUAUAAUAUUUGGUUAUCAGAAUGUUCGAAGAUGAAAAUUUGUGUAUAUUUCUUGUGAAUAUAUUUGAGUUUAGAAGGUUGGUUUUAUAACAUUGGUAUGAUAUUUAAAAGAUGUAAACAUGAACAUUUAACCUUCUGAAAUCAAUAGAUGUUAAGAUCAAAAUGUUGACCAAA